GAUCGAUCAAGCCGCGUCCGAUGAAGGAGGAUAUUAAACGUGCCAAGCGGAAGAUGACCAAUACAUCCGUGGGACGGUCAUUUAGCAGCACGCCUGGAACCAUGAGUCCAACUGGCUGGAUGAGCCCCGGCUUGAUGAGCCCCGGCUGGAUGAGUCCCACCAGCCCCGGAUCAUCGUUUGGCGCAUACACCACACCACCAUCCUCCUUCGAACAACCCAACGACCCAACCAAAAGCCAAUCCAAACUCUGCACAAUUGGCACAACGGUCUUCAUCGGCAGACCCUCCCUCCAAGUCCGCAAUCCACAGCCCGGCCAACUAACCUGCCUCGUCCUCUCCUCAACCUGGCCCCAAGCCCUCCUCCCCGCGCAAUCCAAAAACGAAGCCGACGAAGCCUUCGACUACUGCCGCGUCGCCGGCUACCACGAGCGCCACAUCCUCGAAACAGCAGACUACCGCUGCGCGAUCUGCUCUGACGCCGUGCCCGCGCGAAGUCUAGUCCAUCGACCCAUCGCGUAUAUUCGAACAGGCAGGAAGGAAUUACAGGAUAAACGGCUGCGUUAUCCACUCAUGAGAUUUGCAUCGUAUGUCGAGGGAAGGUGGAAUUGUCCGGAUACGAUUGAUUUCUUUGGAGAGUAUAGUGAUGCGCAGGUCUUUGAUUUUGCGGUGCCGGUUUGUCGGAGUAAGGGUAUUUGUGAAGAAGUUGCGAGGACUGCGGCAAGGGAGUUUGUUAAGUUGUUCAUACCGCGGGAUAUGAAAUUGGUCUUCCCUGGCUUGACACCUGAUACGGAUUUGGCCUUGAUUGAGUUCGAUGAUGGUCUCGUCUAUGAGGAUAACCCCGAACUUCUGGUGAAGAAGAUCGGGCCUCAUGCACUCAUCUCGGAAGGAGGAGAUCGUGGCGAAGACCCCAUGGACUGCGCGUUGACUAUCACCAAACUCCACCGCUGGUACGAACUGUGUUACAAAGAGGAAGUCGCCAAACGGGCGUAUCUCAAACAAAUCGGAUACAAGCGGACCGGCGACGUCAGCGACUCGGAUAGUGACAGCGACAAGAGCGUAAUCGAUGAUUCCGUGAUUUGGGUUUACGAGCGUGAGAGCCGUGGAGAUGGUGAUACCGAGUCUGCUAGCAGUAGCUCGAAGACCGCCAGGCUGGAGGACCAAUUGAGUCGGGAGACGAUCUUCCAAAGACUGGAUAAUCAGACGCUCUUUUCUCCGGCACUCAGCCUUGACUUCUUGCUUCUAUGCGAGACCGUUGGUAACUCGAGGGGCUUGCGGGAUGUGGACAGAGGUUCGGAGGACAGCAGUUCUACCGUACGGACUGAGAGAUAUGAGGAUUGAUUCACAAUAGAAUAGGAAACUAUUAUUUUAGGACAUGAAUGCAAAACUAUUACUCCGGGC